UCCGAUCUCAAUCUCGUCUCCAAAGCCUCCGUCCACCUUCGCCUCCACCCCUGCCACAAACCCAAAACCCUAGCGCUCGCAUUCCCCCCACCCCUGGCUCACCGGUGACCACCACCCAUGGCGUCCAUGUCCCCGGUGACGCCCGCGGCGGCCGAGCCCAGGCGCUCCACGCGCCUGCUGUCCAACACCAAGCCGGCCGACGCCGACGCGGAGGCCGAGGUCGACGCUGAGCUCGAGCGCGAGACGUCGCACCGCGGCAAGCGCCCGCGCAAGGCGGCGGGGAUGGGCACCGGCACCCGGAAGAGAGCGGCCAAGGGCAAGCGGAAGGAGCCGGAGUCGUCGUCGUCGGCGGCGGCUGGGGCGAUGGAGGUGGAGGAUGCCGGCAGCGGGAUCAACGGCGACGUGUACCCGGAGGAGAUGAAAUUGAUCGAGGAGGAAGAGGAGCAGGCCGACCCUGGAGAGGAGGGCUCCGCGGAGACGCGUGGCGCCAGGAAGAGGGUGGCCCCGCCGCGCGCCCAGAGGAGGCCGGACGCCUCGGCGGACCACUUCGUGGGCGAGCCUAUCCCGGAUGACAAGGCCAGGCGACGCUGGCCGAGCCGCUACGAAACCAAGGAUUCUGAUUCACGCUCUAGGCGAUCUAAUGAUCCGGAGGAGGAAAUUGGCGCUCGAUGCCACUACACAUCUGCAUGUGUGGAUGAUGCAAUCUUCAACCUCAAUGAUGAUGUCUAUGUGAAGGCUGGUCCCAAUGAGGAAAAUUACAUUGGCCGGAUUACAGAGUUUUUUGAAGGAACCGAUCAUGUUUUAUAUUUCACAUGCCGUUGGUUUUUCCGUGCUGAAGAUACGGUCAUCUCACCCAACUUGCUAGAGGUCCAUGAUCAUGAACAUGAUCGGAAGCGUGUUUUCCUUUCAGAGGAAAAGAAUGAUAACAUGAUUGAGUCAAUAAUUUCUAAACUAAAUAUCAUUUAUGUUGACCCAAGUAAGACACCUCAAGAAAGAGAUCAGUUAAUAUCAAAUUCUGAUUUGUAUUACGACAUGUCGUACUCAGUUGCAUAUUCAACAUUUGCAAAUAUUCCAGCAGAAAACGAUGGUGCAACAGACAGUGAAGUGGCAUCAGAUAUUUCCUGUGAAGAGGGGAAACCAGUGGCUGACCCUGUGGGAUCAUCUGAUGCACAAAGGGAAACAGCAACUCUGCUGGAUCUUUACUCUGGAUGUGGUGCCAUGUCAACCGGGCUUUGCCUGGGUGCUGCAUUGUCCGGCAUCAAACUAAAUACUAAAUGGGCUGUAGACAUGAAUGAAUAUGCUUGCAACAGUCUAAAGCAUAACCAUCCUGGCACCCAGGUACGAAAUGAGAAGGCCGAAGAUUUUCUUGCGCUCCUCAAGCACUGGAAUGCACUCUGUAAGAAGUAUGUUGUCCACAGUAGCAACUCUUCUGGCUCUGACCUGGCUCAGAUGUCAAAUGAUGACGAAGACGAUAAAAAUGAAGCUCUACCAAAUGAUCUAUUUGAGGUAGAGAGGCUUCUUGAUAUAUGCUAUGGCGAUCCUAAUAAAACAGGAAACGAUGGCCUGUGGUUCAAGGUGCGGUGGAAAACAUAUGAUCCUAGUCAUGACUCAUGGGAGCCAAUUGAUGGACUCAGCGAUUCCCCUGAGUGUAUUAAGGAAUUUGUUCAGAGAGGAUAUAGGGAAUCUAUUUUGCCCUUGCCUGGCUCUGUUGAUGUUAUCUGUGGGGGUCCUCCCUGCCAAGGCAUCAGUGGAUUGAACAGAUUCAGGAAUUACAAUGAGCCGCUGGAAGAUGAUAGAAACAAACAGUUGGUUGUCUUUAUGGAUGUUGUUAACUAUCUGCGACCUAAAUAUGUUCUGAUGGAAAAUGUCGUAGACAUUCUAAAAUUUGCAGAUGGAUUCCUGGGGCGAUAUGCGCUUAGUCGUCUUGUCUCCAUGAGAUACCAAGCUAGGCUUGGAUUGAUGGUUGCAGGAUGUUAUGGGUUACCUCAGUUUAGGAUGCGGGCCUUUCUGUGGGGAUCUCUUCCUUCUGGGGUUCUCCCAAAAUUCCCGCUUCCAACGCAUGAUGUUGUUAAGCGAGGAGUCGUACCCAAUGCAUUUUCGCAAUGUCUCGUUGCAUACGAUGAAAUAGAUGACAAACGUUUAAAGAAAGCUCUUGUCCUUCAAGAUGCACUAUCUGAUUUACCAAAGGUUCCAAACUAUCAACCUAAUGAUCUGAUGGAAAAUCGCAUUAACCCCAAAACAGAGUUCCAGCGCUACAUCCGGCUCAGCCGUAAAGACAUGGAGGAUUACUCAUUUGGAGAUGCUACUCCUAGUCCUAAGGCAUGUCAACUGUUUGAUCAUCAGCCGCUAGAGUUAAGCACUGAUGAUUAUCAAAGAGUGAAGCAGAUUCCUUUUAGAAAGGGGGCCAACUUCCGUGAUUUGAAGGGUGUCCAGGUUGGAGAAAAUAACACUGUUGAGUUUAAUCCACACAUUCCUCGUGUGUUUCUGCCUUCUGGAAAACCUUUGGUGCCUUACUAUGCCAUGACCUACAUCAAGGGGAAAUCACCGAAACCAUUCGGACGCCUGUGGUGGGAUGAAACUGUUCCAACAGUUGUCACCAGAGCUGAGCCCCACAACCAGAUUAUCUUGCACCCCAACCAGCAUCGAGUUCUGACCGUCCGCGAAAACGCACGGUUACAAGGCUUUCCAGACUAUUACAGGCUCUUUGGCCCUAUAAAGCAGAAAUAUAUUCAGGUUGGCAAUGCGGUUGCUGUUCCCGUUGCUCGAGCUCUGGGAUAUUCCCUUGGACAGGCUUACCGUGGUGCAUUGGUUGGAGGGCAGCCACUGUUCGAACUGCCUGAGAAUUUUGCUUCUGUGGGUCAAGCAGCAGCCACAGCAUCACCUGUAGGAGUAGUGGAGAAGUAGUGGAGGCAGAAUAGUUAUUUGACCUGCUGUUGAUUUGGGUCAUAUACUUGCGUGAGAUGUCGAAACAUUGUCAUUUAUCAUGGAAAACUGGUGGUCCAACUCUUGAAACGUUUGUAACUUAAUUGAGGUUGAGAUGUAGCCCGAUUCAAAACUGGUGGCACAAGCUAUUCCUUCAGAUUCAGAUAUUGAGAGGAAAUGGAGGUUCUGAUUAAACCGCUA